AUGUUUUUGUCUGAAAACUAAUUAAUUAAAAAAUAUAGGAUGAAUAUUUUAAAAAGUGCUGAUUUAUUUGGAGUACCAUUUAUACAAUCUAUAGACUAAAAAUAGUCUAAAUAUUAGAGCAUAUUCGGAGGAGUUUUAUCUUUAAUAAUUUUCUCAUCCAGUUUGGGAUAUGCAAUCUGGAUUAUCUAUUUAUGGCAAACAAAAUAGAUGAAUCCUAAAAUAUCUACUUCAAAAUAUGCUACUGAUUACUCAACCCUUAAUCUUAAUCAAGACUUCAUUAAACUAUAUUAUUGGAAGUAUGAUAAUAAUUUAAUUGAUCCCUUUAAAACUAAAAUUCUUUUGCCUCUGGUUGUCUACAAUAGACAAAAUUAGUUAACAUAACCUUAGCUAAUAACUAAUAAUACCGUUUCAAACUAUGGAAAUACAUAUAUACCAAAAAUAGAAUUAGGGUUUUCUAAAAUCGAAGGAGAAGUAUAUACAUCAGGAUAAAUGUAUAUAUAAAUAGUUUUAUGUUCUGAAAUUUAUCUAAGUCCAGAUGAAAAAUGUGCAUCUAAGGAGUUAAUCGAAGAAUUUUUUAAAUAAUCCUCUAAUGUUGUUGUGAUCCAAAUUUAUUCAACCUCUUUGAAUUCUAGAGAUGGAUCAGAAUAGGUUGGUUUACAAGAAUUUUACAUAUAAAUAGAAGAAAAAUUUUGUUAUACAAUGAAUACAUUUUUAGAAACGAAUUUAUAUGAACUCUAGGAUGAUUUUUUAUUUGGAACAUCUUAAUUUAAGGAAUUUAUUUCUGGAGCUGUAGUACAGACUUAAACAAGUUCAUCUGAGUAUUGUUAUAAGACUUUUAAUAAUGAUGCUCUUUCUAUUAUCUAUUUAGGAAUGAAUGGAAAUCAAAUGUAAACUAUUUUUGAGUAUCCUCGUAUUGGAGAUAUCUUAGCAAAUAUUGGAUCAAUCGUAUCUCUAUUAUUCAUGAGUAAGUAUAUAAUUAUUAUGUUAAAUCAAUAUUCUUUAAAAUAAAGUAUAAUAAAAGAAAUGAUAUCCUAUUAUUAUCCAUAAUUUAAAAAUGUAUGCAUUACCAAAAAUUGGAGAUAAAAAAUUGUAAUGGUUAGGAUAAAUCAAACAGUAGUAGACAUCAAAGAGUUUACAAAAUUUUAUGACAAAGCUCAAAAGUAAAUGUUAUAAANAAAAGUGCUGAUUUAUUUGGAGUACCAUUUAUACAAUCUAUAGACUAAAAAUAGUCUAAAUAUUAGAGCAUAUUCGGAGGAGUUUUAUCUUUAAUAAUUUUCUCAUCCAGUUUGGGAUAUGCAAUCUGGAUUAUCUAUUUAUGGCAAACAAAAUAGAUGAAUCCUAAAAUAUCUACUUCAAAAUAUGCUACUGAUUACUCAACCCUUAAUCUUAAUCAAGACUUCAUUAAACUAUAUUAUUGGAAGUAUGAUAAUAAUUUAAUUGAUCCCUUUAAAACUAAAAUUCUUUUGCCUCUGGUUGUCUACAAUAGACAAAAUUAGUUAACAUAACCUUAGCUAAUAACUAAUAAUACCGUUUCAAACUAUGGAAAUACAUAUAUACCAAAAAUAGAAUUAGGGUUUUCUAAAAUCGAAGGAGAAGUAUAUACAUCAGGAUAAAUGUAUAUAUAAAUAGUUUUAUGUUCUGAAAUUUAUCUAAGUCCAGAUGAAAAAUGUGCAUCUAAGGAGUUAAUCGAAGAAUUUUUUAAAUAAUCCUCUAAUGUUGUUGUGAUCCAAAUUUAUUCAACCUCUUUGAAUUCUAGAGAUGGAUCAGAAUAGGUUGGUUUACAAGAAUUUUACAUAUAAAUAGAAGAAAAAUUUUGUUAUACAAUGAAUACAUUUUUAGAAACGAAUUUAUAUGAACUCUAGGAUGAUUUUUUAUUUGGAACAUCUUAAUUUAAGGAAUUUAUUUCUGGAGCUGUAGUACAGACUUAAACAAGUUCAUCUGAGUAUUGUUAUAAGACUUUUAAUAAUGAUGCUCUUUCUAUUAUCUAUUUAGGAAUGAAUGGAAAUCAAAUGUAAACUAUUUUUGAGUAUCCUCGUAUUGGAGAUAUCUUAGCAAAUAUUGGAUCAAUCGUAUCUCUAUUAUUCAUGAGUAAGUAUAUAAUUAUUAUGUUAAAUCAAUAUUCUUUAAAAUAAAGUAUAAUAAAAGAAAUGAUAUCCUAUUAUUAUCCAUAAUUUAAAAAUGUAUGCAUUACCAAAAAUUGGAGAUAAAAAAUUGUAAUGGUUAGGAUAAAUCAAACAGUAGUAGACAUCAAAGAGUUUACAAAAUUUUAUGACAAAGCUCAAAAGUAAAUGUUAUAAAAAUUAAGUUAUUUAAAUUUACUAUAUGAAAUAUCUAGGUUAUAUUUUAUUAUUAGAUCGUCUAAAUAUAGAGAAGAGCUGUAUAAAUCUCAUCUUAUUGGAAUUAAAAUGAAUUUUAAUCCUAUCAAGGAAUUAGAUGGCAUUUUUAAUUACAAAUCCAUUUGUUCAGUAUAAUCAAGUCGAGAUAAUAUAUUAUUAAAUGAAGAUGAUGCAGAUAUAUUAUCAUUAUCAAAAAAGAGAUUAGAAAAUUGUUGUAAUUUUAUUCCAGAAGAAAUAUUUAAUGAAACCGAUUUUUACAUAACCAAUAAAAUAGUUUGA